GAACCAGGCACGCCAGCUCCUGACACAUCCAUCAAGACCAUGGGACAGAACUGGACACCAGAUCGCAGCCCUUUGCUGGUCCUGCUUUUGUGUGCCCACAUGAUCUGUCACCUGGUUGGAGCCACACCUGUACCUCGGGCCACUGCCACUGCCUCAACUGGGGUCACAAAGGACCCCUGCUCCUCCUGGCUCCCAAGAGCUAAGCGGUGCCCAGCAUUGGAGGUGACCUGGCCAGAAAUGGAAAUCCCACUGAAUGGAACGCUGACCUUGUCCUGUACCGCCUGCAGCCACUCCACCUUCAGCAUCCUCUACUGGAUGGGCAAUGGCUCCUUUAUCGAGCACCUCCCAGGUCGGCUACGAGAGGGCAGUACCAGCAGGGAGUACCAGGGUGCUCGCACCCAGCUGCGGCGGGCCUUGGCGUUAGAGGAGCUGAGUCCCACCCUGCUCAACACCAACUUCUCUUGUGUCUUUGCUGAUCCUGACCAGACCGCCCAGCGUCAUGUCAUCCUGGCCCAGCUCUGGGCUGGGCUGAAGACCGGUCUGCCUUCUACUUAAGAAGCCCCACCCUCCAGCAGGUCACCUCUGCCUCGUCAUCGCGACAGGUGAAUUCCCAAGCCUGGUUGAGUCAUCGCCUCUUCCUGGGGUCUACACGCUCUUGCAGCUCAGGCCUCCCUCUAACAGACUGUCGCAGGGAAGGGAUGGGCUAAAUGCUGCUUCUGAUCCACGGCUGCAUCCUUGUCACACCCGGCAGGGCCCACAGUGGGCGUGCAUAAAUGAUUUUUCACUGGA